GAAGUUUAAUCGAAAUAAAUACAUCAGAUGUAACAGAUAAACUCUACGAAUACAGUUUUAUUAAAAUGAAAAGACUCAAAGAAGAGUUUAGUAGCACCAAGAUGUCAUAGACAUCCAAUGUGGGGGUCAGAAGAGCGCGUGGCAUAGACAAUGCACAGUCUCCUCGGAGCGGCUACAGCGUCGGCAAUACUGCAAAUACUGCUAUCUCUUUCAGCCGUGAGUGGCGUCAGCUGGGAGGAAUGGUGGACCUACGACGGAAUUUCAGGUCCAGCAUUCUGGGGCCUCAUCAACCCAGAAUGGUCUCUCUGCAACAAGGGGCGGAGGCAAUCUCCGGUCAACCUCGAACCAGACAAGCUGCUCUUCGACCCAAACCUACGCUAUUUACACAUAGAUAAGCAUAGGAUAAAUGGAUUGAUAAGCAACACAGGCCACUCGGUGAUAUUCACCGUGGAGAACGAGACGCGUCAUCAUAUCAACAUCACGGGCGGCCCGCUCUCCUACAAGUACCAGUUCCACGAGAUCCACAUACACUAUGGCCUGCACGAUCAGUUUGGGUCCGAGCACGCGAUCAAUGGCUAUUCGUUUCCUGCAGAGAUUCAAAUAUUUGGCUUCAACUCGCAGCUUUAUUCAAACUUCUCCGAAGCUCUUCAUAAAGCCCAAGGAAUUGUUUCAAUUUCAUUACUUUUACAGCUUGGUGAUUUAUCAAAUCCGGAGCUAAGGAUAUUGACAGAGGAGUUAGAGAAUAUAAAAUACGGGGGGGCCGAAAUGCCAGUAAACAAGCUGUCAGUCCGCGGCCUCCUGCCUGACACGGACUACUACAUGACGUACGACGGCUCCACCACGGCGCCCGCCUGUUUCGAGACCGUCACGUGGAUCAUCGUCAACAAGCCAAUAUAUAUCACUAAACAACAGUUGCACGGCCUGCGGCGGCUGAUGCAGGGCGACGCGCGCCACCCGAAGGCUCCCCUCGGAAACAACUUCAGGCCACCACAGCCGCUGCACCACCGGGCAGUGCGCACUAACAUCGACUUCGACUUGAGCAAGUAUCCCGGGAAGACUUGCCCGAGCAUGAAUCGGGACAUGCAUUACAAAGCCAAAAGCUGGACACAAUAUUGAAGAAUUUUUUUUUUCAAACGGUAGGCAUUCAUCUAAAUUAAGUAGCCGCUAUGUAGAAAGUAAAGCAUAUCUAACAUUAAACAUAGGACCUAAGUGAAAUUGUAAAUAACUUUUGUACAGUGUAAGGAUUAUCUCGCUUAUGAUAACUGGAGCUACAAAUGUAUAUUUGAUUAGUUAAGUCGCUGUAACUAUGACUUAAAAUGUAUUAACUAGUGUGACAUAAUUGUGAGUAGUUCUUUAGAAAAAUAUUGUGAUGUUAUGCUACUUUAUAUAGUGAAUUGUUAAACUCGUAAUUGAUAUUAUAUCGGCCUCCACUUAGGUAGGACAUACAUACAUAUUUUCGGAUAGAACGUAAAUACCAAGAUCAUCGGCUUUCAAAUAAACUAAGGAUAUGUUAAAACUGUCAUACUAUUAUUAAAGUUUUCUAGUUCAUUGUAAAAGAUUUUGUAUCCCUUACAAGUAUUGUACUUAAUAUUUAAAAUGUUCGAGUAGAAGUUUCCUUAAAAUAAGCUUCGAAUU